AGGAUGGUCGUGUGGUAGGCGUGUGGUUUCACAGCUUAAAAAAAAAACGGACAGAGAGCCCCGGACUUCCUGUCGCUGCUGCUCACAGAGCUCUCUUCACGGGGUUUUUGAAGAAAUCUCACUGUCAGAAGCAACAAAACACAUCCUUGGUCUAUUCGGAAGCCUGCUCGGUAAGAUGCAGCAGCCCUUGGUCCUCGCCGCCUUUCUGAUGAUCAGUCCCACCUGCGCAGAGGCCCUCGGAGACAUGAGCGUGUGUUACAUCCUGGAUGGGAUUCUCAUCCUGUACGGCAUCAUUCUCACCGUCUUGUACUGCAGACUGAGGUUGAGUUCAGCCAAACCGCCUGCCAAUCCGCCUCAGAAGCAGCCCGCAGAGGGAGGCAUCUAUGCGGUGAGACUUCUCAUUCUAAUGCUUAAAAAGAAAAUUAAAAAGGCACAUGAUGGAAAAAAGACAGCUUACCGCACAGUUGAUGGGUCUGACCUCCCACAGUACUGAUACCUACGAGACCAUCAGAAUGGAUAAAAAGCCGAUCGUCUGAUGAAAGGAGAUUUCGGUGCCGAGAGGACGCUGAGCACAGAAACACAUCGUCGCAUCUCUUGAAGCUUUAUACUGUAUAUUAAAGUAGACUCAUUAUCAGGUUCAUAGUUUUCUUUUUGGUAAUUACUAGAAUGUGUUUACAGGCUUUAGUGCUCAGAAAACACAUCAUCUUUCUCCCUCCGUCUGAAAUGCUCUGUUUUAGCUCCUGUCUCUUUAAGGCCCCUAAGUCCGCUCUGAUUGCUCAGUUCACACACACCUGAGCCAGCAGCUGUGCUAAAUCAAUUCUUACUAGCUGCAAGACUUAAUCAUGCAACCAUGUGACUCUGUGAUGUCGUGUGAUGUCAUAAAGUCACUGGAGUAAAGGCAAGGCUGCUGACGAGGCGUUCAAGGAACUGUGUUUUCCGUGGGAAAGAGGACCCCUGUUGGUGUUGACUUUCACCUUCUUAACUUUCAAGAUAUUAACCUGUACAUGAAUAUAUACAUAUAUACUAAACCUCCUUGUUGUGUUGUUUUAACGUGGCAGGUGUUUCUAUUGAUGACUCCCUUUUUUGUACAAAUGCUUCUUUUAUUUGUAAAAUGUAUGUCAUGCAUGCAUGAAAUGUUUAAAUUAAUUUAACAAUAUGCCAAUAAAGGAAAGGCUGCAUCUGUUACUCACAGCUGGUUUUACUCAGAAAA